GAUAUGUCGGUAAAUAAUGGUUUAGCUAGCUUCUGCUGGUAAUUUCAAUGGAAGCUUUGGAUGUUUUUUUUUCUCUCUGCGUUGUUUGAAAUGGUAAGAUAUUAGAACGUGGUUGUGUUUUGGAAAAAUGGCCUUUUAAAUUAGAUGUUGCUCUUUGAUUUAUCCGUACGUCUCACAAAAGAGCUCACUUUAGCUUAACGGUAGCUGCACUUUAACGGCAUUGAGGUGCAUGGAAGACAAUUAUAUGCAAUAAAAUACUCAGUUUGGGGUGCAUGGGUACUUACAUUUAACGUCAGGGACUGAGAGCUCAAUUCAUUUGAAAUGUCAGCGCAAAAAGACUGUGAAUUUUUGGUGAAAAGAGCCCGGGAGUUGGUCUCUGAAGAUCCCUGUGCGGCUAAAGCGUGGCUAAUAACGGCCAGAACCCUGUACCCUGCAGACUUCAACAUCCAGUAUGAGAUGUACAUAAUUGAACGGAAUGCUGAAAGGACAGCUUCUGCAGGUAGACUGCUGUAUGAUAUGUUUAUAAACUUUCCUGAUCAACCUAUAGUUUGGAGGGAAAUCAGUGUCAUCACAGCUGCAUUACGGAGUGACUCCCAAGACAAGCAUGCACAGUUCCUAAGAGGCCUUUUUGAGACACUGCCUGGACGUGUGCAAUGUGAGAUGCUCCUAAAAGCCACAGAGCAGUGUUUUAACACACUGGAGAAAGCAGAGAUGCUUCUACUCCUAUUAAAGCGUUUCCCAGAGUCUGUUGUCCAACAUGGGGUAAAUCUUGGAGAGACGUUGUUGGAGGCGGAGGAGUCAGAAAAUGUAGAGACUCCUGUCAACUGCUUCAGAAAACUCUUUGUGUGUGAUGUCCUCCCCUUGGUUAUAAACAACAUGGACAUGCGUUUGCCAACUAGCUUAAUGCAAAAGUACAUGUUAAAGGCAGCUGAAUUCUACAUUGGUUACGUUACCCGGGGACCUUCACCUGAUAUACAGAUACCGGGCUCUCAAGAAGGAGGAUCUCUGAAGUCCCCCACUGUGUCUCGUGGGUCCCAACGUUAUGUGAUAGAUGGCCUUUCAGAAAAAUCAUCAGUUGUAGCUGAACCAUGGGAGAGACUGUUAGACAUCCUUUCUGUGGUUGGAGCACGCUGCGAGUGGCAGGGGGACAUGGGCCAGAGGAGUUAUGUGGACAUGUUGCUGAGAGUAAAGGAGCUGUGCCGCUAUUUGCCUGGUCUGGAAGGGGACACCAGGUUGCGGUGCUGUAGUCAGGUGGUCAUCUGUGCUGCACUCGUGCUCUUCCGCAGUGCCUUCCUCUAUGUCUCAGCUGUACAACCUGCACUGUUCCAGGGUGUAAAUACGCUGAGCUCAGGGCCGUGGAUCCUCGUAGAAGAUUUGAGCUCGGUGUAUAGUGAUGUAGACAUGGAACGAGGAGCACUGAAACAUGCACAUAAGAAACGCAAACUGGCGGAUGGGAGAGAGAAGACAGUGAGCUCAGAUGAUGAGGAAGGGUUAGGAAAGGGUCGCGGGAGACACAUUUUAGUUAACAAAACUGAGAUGCCUGGCUGGUCAGAGACCCUGGAGAGCUUCCGCACAGCGAGGGAGAGCUGGGACCUCCUUCACUCUCACGAUGGCCUGGAAAGUGAGUUUAAGAAGAUCUGUGCGUCAUGGAAGACAGAUAGUUGGCUGUGGUUCAGAAUAUUCCUCACUGAUAUGAUAAUAUACCAGGGACAAUACCGUAAAGCCUUGUCCAGUCUGCAUCAGAUGGCUGCAGUGCAGCAGCCUCAGCCUGGGCAGCAGAGCCCCACAGCUCAGUCCAGUCUGGAGCAUCACAGAGCCCUCAUACAGCAGGCCUCCUGCCACUAUGCACUGGGAGAGUACAGGAUGGCCUGUGAGAAGCUGCUUGAUGUUGUAGGUGGGCUGGUGCCACCCAAUCUAGAACUAAUAAAACCCCCAGAGGAUCAGGGGAGAGUCAAAACCAAAACAAGGAAAGGUAACGACUUGAGAUUGCUUCCCUGCACCAGCAAAGCUGUGUUACCUUUUUGUCUCCAGCUGAUGCUGGCCUGUUUUAAGCUACGUGCCUUUGCAGACAAUCAUGAUGACCUGUCACUUGGCCAUGUGGUGGUUCUCCUGCAGUAUGACUGGCCACAGGGUGAAAUGCUCUUCCUAAAGGCAGUGGAUAAAAUCUGUCAGCAGGGCAGUUUCCAGUAUGAGAAUUUCUUCAACUAUGUCACCAACAUUGACAUGCUGGAGGAGUUUGCCUAUCUGCGUACACCAGAAGGGGGAAGGAUUCAGUUGGAGCUGCUCCCCAAUCAAGGGAUGCUGAUCAAGAACCCUAGUCCCGCCCUGGGGGUGGAGUUAAAUACCCUUCUGCUACAAGGGGUGCAGACGAUGGAAAGACACCACACAGUGACUCGAGGAAUCACCAAAGGAGUGAAGGAAGAUUUUCGUUUGGCCAUGGAGAGGCAGGUGUCCCGUUGUGGAGAAAACCUGCUCAGUGUGCUCCACCGUUUCUGCAUCAACGAGAAAAUCAUAAUCAUCCAGUCUCUACCCUGACAACUGUCCUGUAACUUCCAAAGUUUUUGAUGAAUUAUGUUUCAGACAAAGUUUUAAUCCGGUUGCACUUGAUUUUCAGAUUGCAUCAGCUUCAAAAAAACAUCACAGGACUCACCCGUUAACCAUGAACUUUUAAGAAAAGACCUCCAUGCAGGUUUCAAAGUACAUGUGUAGUUUUAUUUUGGUACAAAUGAUUUUGUAAAACAAGCAACAUGUAUAACAUUCAAUUUCUUUCCUAAUGUUGUGACACUUUGUGAGAGUCAUCAUUUUACAAAAGUAUGAACUGCUUUUUUGAUAUUGUGAGUAAACAUUGUCUUUCUUACAAGCAAAUAAUUAGUUUAUAUACAUUCAUUAAAUGUGAACUGUAUAGUUUAAAACAUUUGAU